AUGGUCCUGCGGCACCUUCCGGCGCUCGUGUACAGCGAGUCGUCCGCUAAGGAGGCCGACGCGACAGUGGACCCGACGCUGACCUCGCUGUACUUUGACAACGACAGGUUCGACCUGUACCGCGCCAAGCUCGACCGCAACAGCGAGUCCGACAACGCCGGCUCGCUGCGGCUGCGCUGGUACGGCCAGCUAGCGAACAAGCCUGAACUGUACCUGGACCAGAAGGUCGUGCACCACGACGGCACCAGCUACGAGAGCCGCAUCACGAUCAAGGACAAGUACGUCAAGCCGUUCCUCGACGGCAAGUACAAGAUGGAGAAGACCAUUCAGAAAAUGGAGCGCCAGGGCGAGCAGGCCGAGACUGUUACGGCCUUCAAGACGACGGCCGACGCCAUUCAGUCGUUUGUCGAGGAGAAGCAGCUCGAGCCCGUGCUUCGUGCCAACUACGUGCGUACUGCGUUCCAGAAGCCGGCCGACGACCGCGUGCGCGUCUCCAUCGACACCAGCCUGGCCUUUAUCCGCGAGGACAACCUGGACCAGCGCCGCCCGUGCCGCGAACCGUCCGAGUGGCACCGCCGCGACAUCGACACGGGCAAUGUCACCUACCCCUUCUCGGAGCUGCCGCCUAGCGACGUGUCGCGCUUCCCCUUUGCCGUGCUGGAGAUCAAGGUGCGCGAGGACGGCACCAGCCGCAAGAGCCCUGCCUGGGUCGAGGACCUGAUGGCCUCCCACCUGGUGCACCCCGUGCCGCAGUUCUCCAAGUUUGUGCACGGUGCUGCCGUGCUCUUUGACGACUACGUCAACCAGCUGCCCUUCUGGCUCAGCGACCUUGACCGCGACAUUCGCCGCGACCCUAAAGAGGCCUACGAGGAGGAGGAGCUGCGGCGCGCCCAGCGUGCGGCCGACGAACAGGUCGUCGGCAGCUUCCUGGGCACCAGCAAGCUGGGCUCGUCGGCCAAGCUGAGCAAGAGCUCGCCGGCCGCCAAGUCGUCGUCGUACCUGGCCGGGCGCCUCACUGCCGAGACGUCCAUUGCCCAGCGCCUGCAGUCGCAGUCGGGCGUCAGCGGCAUCAGCGGCGCCAGCACUGGCGCCGCUGGUGAGCAGGGUGAGUCGUCGUCGGCUGCCGCCGGCGCAAACGGACACGACUCGAACGGCGCGACGCGCACGGCGGGCUACGGCACCAUCUCGUCGGUGCUGCCGUCCUUCUCCCUGACGCGGUACGCCCAGUGGCGCCGCUCCAAGGACAAGGCGUCCGUGCUGCCCGAGGGUGUCACGGAGCCGACCGAGUGGCUUAAGAACGACGGCCCGUUGCACAUUGAGCCCAAGGUGUGGCUGGCCAACGAGCGCACGUUCCUGAAGUGGCAGCACAUUGCCAUUCUGCUGGGCACGCUGGCCGUGGCCCUCUUCACGGCCGCCGCCAACAGCAGCGACAACGCCGUUGCGCUCGGCAUGGGCGUUGCCUACAUUGCCGUGGCCGUCUUCACGGGCUUCUGGGGCUGGUACAUGCUGCACAUUCGCCGUGGCAUGAUUGUGGCGCGCAGUGGUCACGACUUUGAUGACAUGAUUGGCCCGGUAGUCGUGAGCGUUGCGCUGAUGAUUGCGCUGAUUCUGAAUCUUGUGUUUGCGUACCGCCGUGCGUUCCAGCGGUGGGCCGACGACGAUGUCAACCAUAUCGCGGAGGCUGGUAACAGCAGCAGCUACGUACACGCAUAA